AUGUGCCACUUUCGGGUCUCCUCACACUGCUGCCAGGUCCAUACUGAUUCAUGGCCCCCUGCCUCUGUAUGGCCUUCAAUUUAAGCUGCUUACGCUUCGCCACUCUGCCAUGGGCCCCUGUACUGCCUCCUCUUGCUGCUGCCAGGUCCAGAGUGUGUCAUGGGUCCCUGUACGGCCUCCCAUUGCUGCUGACUUCAUCGCCAGACUCUGCCAUGUGCCACUUUCAGGUCUCCUUACACUGUUGGUGGGUUCCAUUUUGUGAUAGGGUGCUGUAUGGCCUUCCAUUGCUGCUGCCUCCACCGCCACCCUGCGCCAUGUGCCUC